CUAUGGACAACACCGUUGGUAGUUCUAGGUAUCGCCCUAAAUUUUUCUUAAAAGAGUCCUUUUUCCACUAGCUUUUCUUCGAGACUGCCCCGACAGUUUCUCGCCCAGGGAGACGAAACGACGCCGAAAUUUUCCAAAAGUCUUCUACUACCAAUCCACCAGCAACCAAACCGCCCUACCGCGACUCCGAUCAUUAAAUACACAAGACAAAGAAACAACCAAAAAACCAAAUCACUCCUUUUCCUUCUUCCACAACCAAAAAAAAAAAAAAAAUGGCGAAAGCAAAGAUGAGCGGGGACGUGAUCGGAAUCGACCUGGGGACCACCUUCUCCUGCGUCGCCGUCGCCCGCGACGACAAGAUCGAGAUCAUCGCCAACGACCAAGGCAACCGAAUCACCCCUUCCUUCGUCGCCUUCUCCGCCGCGAAUUCCGAGCGGCUCAUCGGCGAGGGCGCGAGGAACCAGGCGGCGCUCAACCCGCGCCGCACAAUCUUCGACGCCAAGCGCCUCAUCGGGAAGAAGUUCGACGACCCGGAGGUCCAGCACGACUUGAAGUACCUGCCGUACCCGGUGGUCAACCGGGACGGGAAGCCGUACGUCGAGAUAGAAGUCAAAGCCGCCGCCGGCGGCGGCGGCGGCGGGGAGGUGAGGGCGUUCAGCCCGGAGGAGAUCAGCGCAAUGAUACUGGGGAAGAUGAAGGAGACCGCGGAGGCUUAUUUAGGGAAGCCGGUGAGCGGCGCCGUGGUUACGGUGCCGGCGUACUUCAACGACGCGCAGAGGAAGGCGACCAAGGACGCCGGCACGAUCGCCGGGCUCAACGUCCUCCGCAUCAUCAACGAGCCCACCGCCGGGGCUCUCGCCUACGGUUUGAGCCACAGAAUGGGUAACAAGAAGCGGAAAAUCCUGGUGUACGACCUGGGCGGCGGGACGUUCGACGUGAGCGUGCUGGAGAUCGAGGACGGCGUGUUCGAGGUGCUGGCGACCGGCGGGGACACUCACCUGGGCGGGGGAGAUUUCGACCAGAGAAUCAUGGAGUAUUUCAUCAAGCUGAUCAAGAGGAAACACGGGAAAGACGUGAGCGGGGACGGCAAGGCGCUGGGGAAGCUGAGGAAGGAGUGCGAGAGGGCGAAGAGGGCGCUGAGCAAUCAGAGUCAGGUGAUGCUGGAGAUCGACUCCUUCGUCCAGGGCGCGGAUUUCUCGGAGCCGCUGACCAAGGCGCGGUUCGAGGAGCUGAAUCUGGACCUCUUCAGGAAGACCCUGUCCGUCGUGAAGGCGACCCUGGAGGACGCGAAGCUGGAGAAGAGCGAGAUCGAGGAGAUCGUGCUGGUGGGAGGGAGCACGAGGAUCCCGAGGCUCAGGGAGAUGCUCAAGGAGAUGUUCGACGGGAAGGAGCCGAGCAAAGGGGUGAACCCCGACGAGGCCGUGGCUUAUGGUGCUGCCGUGCUGGGAGCCAACAUUAGCGGCCAAGCUGAUUCUCGAUAUGGUGUUACAUUGUUUGAUGUGACUCCGUUGAGUUUGGGAGUUGAGGUGACUGGAGGCUUGAUGUCUGUGGUUGUUCCAAGGAAUACUCCCAUUCCAGCAAAGAUGUCAGGGGAAUAUUACACUAUAGAGGACCAGCAAACCGCUGUUACUAUAAAGGUGUAUCAAGGUGAAAGACCUCUGACUAAGGAUUGUAUUGAGCUUGGAAGAUUUGUUCUGUCUGGCAUUACCCCAGCUCCAAGGGGAGUUGCAAAGCUAGAGGAGACAUUCGAGAUCGACGAGGACGGAAUCCUGAGGAUCACAGCGAGGGAGAAGGUCUCGUCGUCGCGAUCCGAAUCCCUCACCAUCACCAACUACAAAGGGGACCUGACGCAGCGGGAGAUCGAGAGAAUGAUCAAGGAAGCGGCGAAGAUGGCGGAGGAAGACAGGGCAGCCAAGGCUCGCGUCGACGCCAGGAACCAGCUCGAGCGUUACAUCUACGACGUCAAGAACGCCAUAAGCAGAACGGGCAGCUCUAGCGGCAGCAGUGAUGGAGACGACGGCAAGCAGCCGCAGCAUGUGUUGUUGCGCGACAAGAUGGGUUGGUACGAGAAGAGAACGGUGGAGAGUGCCGUCGGGGAUGCUUCGCGUUGGUUGGAGGAGAACCCUAAUGCUACGAAAGAAGAGUAUGAGAAGAAGAUGAAGAAGUUGAGGGAUGUUUGGAACCCUAUUCUCAACAAACUUAACGGUAAUAAUGCAUAGGCUGCUAGCUUGGUAGCGGUGUCUGUAAUUAAUUAAGUUGGCAAGAUCGUGUAAUUAUGUUCUACGUACAGUUGCUUUCUUCUUUUCUUUUUGGCUCCAAGGUAAUGUUUGGAUUUGGUUUUGAGAUAAAAAAAAAAAUAUAGCGGUGGAUGUAUUUAUGUUUGUUGAUGAUCCUUCCGUCCAGUUAAUUAAAAAGCAUGGUUUAAGAAAUUCUAUGGUAUCAAUUGGUUCGAUCGAAAA